GGAGAAAGAUCAUAUGGUCGGGACUUGUGCGUAUUGUAAAGUCAACUGUGAUCAAAUGAAUUGCUAGUAAUGGGUCAUAUGGCUGUCGGGAUCUCUAAAAUAAAACUGAAGUGUCCUGUCCCAUUAAUGCAGCGGAAAGAUAUGGCACUGCGGAAGUCAAUUCCCUAAAAAGCAUGCAGAGGUUUGUUUGCUUCGGGCCUUGUUCCUGGCAUGGAUUACAUUGAUCUUAUCAGAGAUCGCGCCUCCGACACCGCUGCGAUCGAAACCCCCGCGCGCCAAUCGCCACCGGAGGGUUUGUCAUCCCGACAGCGAUAUCUUUCUUGAACCUGAUUAUCGACUACUGCUGUGCUUUGGUAGGUCAUUUUAGAUCAGAAGGGCAAAACAGAGGUCAAAGAUCAAGAUGGCACCGUCGCUCGAGGAGCCAACGGCUGCCUUCGAGGCGUCAUCGAAAAUGGCACCGAAUUUAGUUGCCCCCGAGCCAGAACACUGUCCUGGACCCGAGUCUGAACAAGCAGGCAAAGGGGACGCCUGCGCUGGUUGUCCUAACCAAUCCAUCUGUGCAUCUGCCCCCAAGGGCCCCGAUCCCGAUAUCCCCAUCAUCACCGAACGACUUUCGCAAAUCCGACACAAAAUCCUAGUACUUUCCGGAAAAGGCGGUGUCGGCAAAUCGACUUUCACCUCACUACUUUCCCACGCAUUCGCCGCAAACCCCGAAUCAACUGUGGGCGUUAUGGAUACGGACAUUUGCGGGCCGUCAAUACCAAAAAUGAUGGGCGUCGAGGCGGAGACGAUCCAUGUGAGCAAUGCAGGCUGGAGUCCGGUGUGGGUUACGGAUAACCUUGCCGCGAUGAGCGUGCAAUUUAUGCUACCCAACCGGGAUGAUGCAGUCAUUUGGAGGGGCCCGAAGAAGAAUGGGCUCAUCAAACAAUUUUUGAAGGAUGUAGACUGGGGCGAGAUGGAUUACCUGGUCAUUGACACGCCCCCAGGGACGUCGGACGAGCACCUCUCCGUCAACUCGCUCCUCAAAGAAUCCGGAGUGGAUGGCGCUGUCGUUGUCACUACCCCGCAGGAGGUCUCAUUGCUCGAUGUUCGGAAGGAGAUUGACUUCUGCCGCAAGGCAGGGAUUCGAAUCUUGGGAUUAGUCGAGAACAUGUCAGGCUUCGUGUGCCAAUCGUGCAACACGAAGACCCAAAUCUUCCGGGCUACAACGGGCGGUGGGAAGCGACUCGCCAAGAAGAUGGGCAUUCCUUUCCUAGGCGCAGUGCCUCUUGACCCGAGGGUGGGAAUGGCAUGUGACUAUGGAGAGAGCUUUGUGGAUCACUACCCGGACAGCCCAGCAUCGAAAGCGAUCAAGCAAGUUGUACGGUCUGUUGUUCAGAUGAUCGGCGAGGAUCCCAACGACGUGCUGCCAGAGGAUGUGGCAAAGUGAUUUAUAUCUCUCUUUUCUUUGACCUUGUACUUGACGGCGUUGAGCAUUGGGAUAGCAAGCCAAGGGUUUCUCAUGGGUGUGCCAGGCGUUUGGGCUUAGAGUCAUCUAGAUACCAAAUUUUUUUCAACUUUUGUUUUCGCUCGACCUCCUCAUUCCACCCCCCGUGCCAUUUUUCGUGGCCCCAGA